AUAUCUUCGAUCAAUGUUUCAGAAAUUGCACCAUUUUUGGCCUUUGUGUUAAUAAUGAUGUUCGCUAAAAAAAUUCCUGUCUAUCUGAUUUUCGUUGCCAUGUGCUCUGUUAUAUAUGUCGUCAGACAGCAACUUACUGCAGAACUCAACGCACGUAUGGAAAGAUUAAUCGCGAAUCUUACAUCACGAGAUGCCACAAUUGUGGUCAAGGGACAGAGAAUCCUAACAAUGGUAAAUACUGUGAUUGAAACUAUUAAUGAAAUCACCACCAAUUAUAAAUCUCUUUGUGACCAGUUGGACCAAAUAACUGAGACAGGUUCUGUGGCACCAUUAAUAUCUAAACAAUUUGCUGGCCUAUCCGUAUCUACGUCCAAUUUUUCUCAAAGAUCUUCUGGUUCUUCUCUGGGUUCUUCUAGUGGCUCAA